AUGGCCGAGCGCUCAGUGGUUAGAGCGCUGGUUUUCGGAACCAGUGGUCGCGAGUUCGGUCCUCGCUGGAGCCUUCGACUUCAAAUUUUCCUCGCCACUGUUCCUAAUGUCAGAAAAGCAGCUAAAGAAUCCCUUCUGGAGGCUCGUGACCUACCGUCACAGCCAGUUCAGCGUAAUAUAACUCUUUUGGAGUUCCAGGAGCCUGAGAACCAUGAGGGUGAGGCAAAAAUCUGCCAGCGCUUCAUCCUGAUCCUAGAGCGCCCUCAGCCGUGUGUUGACUUGGAGACCUUCCUUGACAGCAAUGGAGGAUCCCUCACUAAGACCAUGGUCAAAGAUAUCAUGCUCCAGGCGGUGAGGGCAGCAAUGAAGUGCUACCAGCGAGGCGUCCUACACCGAGACAUCAAGCCUAAGAACUUCGUCAUCAACACCGACACCAUGGAGCUGAAACUGAUAGACUUUGGUUGUGGGGACUGGGUCAGGAGAGAUGGAUAUGCUAAUUUUGCAGGCACAUUUAAAUACUGUCCACCAGAGUAUCUGCUCAGCAAGAGGUACCACGCAAGAUCUGCAACGGUCUGGUCUUUGGGAGUCCUGCUCUUCAGGAUGAUUUGCGGAUACCACCCCUUUACAACGGCCAAGGACAUCCUGGAGGGGAUUUCGUACCUUGAGAACAGCCAGUCUGAUGAAUGCUGGGAUCUGAUUCACUGGUGUCUGCAGUGUGAACCAACUAUGAGGCAUUCUUUCCAGCAGAUCCUGCUGCACGACUGGUUUGAGUCAGCGUAGUCUCAGGUUAGCCAGGGUGGAAAGGGAAGAAAUACUAUGAGAAGAAGCAUUAAAAGCAUAAACAUAUGCUUUUG